AAAAAUUUCUCGUUGGGGAGCAUCACUCUAUAAAAAGGAGGUAGAGGUACAAAGCUAAUUCAAGAUUCCUCGAGAAGAGCUGCAAUUUUUGGCCGUGGAAACUGGAAACUGUUGUUGUAGAACAAUCAAUCUGUGCCUGCAAGCAGAUGGAAAUGAUGAGAAGAAGCUCUGAAAAUCUUGCUCCCAUAAAUUACAACAUCCAUGGAGGUCUCCUCCAAGCUCCUCCACCUUCUCUUUCUGUGUUCAACCACCACCGCUACCAAUAUCUGCAACAAGCGCAAAGGCAGCAGCACCAACACCCGCCUCUCCUUCCUCUACCGGUUCCCAACAGACCACCUUUCCACCACCAGUCUCUGCCGUCUCUUCCGUUGCGUACUCGCGGCGCCUCCCAUCCUCCCGCCACCAGGAAGACCAACAACAUGAUCACCAGAAGCCAAUCUCUCACGCCGAAAAAGCCGAAAUCGUCUAAGCCCUCCAAGAAAGAAGAAGUUAAUAAGCAUGACUUCAAAGCGAUAACCGAGUGUUCGGUCAUCGCUUCCACCAGCCCUUUAGGGCCCGAUCCGAAUGAUCUUCCCAAAGAUGUUACUAGGGUUUUAUCAUCAUCCAUUGGUAAGAGUCUCGGUGGCCGCCGCGGUCGUGGUGUGGAUAUGGAGAAGUUUUCAGGUUCCAUUUUCACUCUCUCGCCGCCUCCGAGUAGCUUGCCUCUGCCGAGGUUUUCUCUGCAGCCAAGGCUUGGUUGCAACGCUGAAGCUGCAGCGGGGGUUGACGCUGGAGCAACCGACAACCUCUGCCGUCUUCUACGUCUCCGGUGAACGGCUGAGGUGGUUGGUGCUGUUGUGUUCGUAAUUGGUGAUCAAGGUUUGGUUUGUAGGUGUCAUUUGUGUAAAUAAAGGCUUGUGAGAGGGUUAAUUCGUGAUAAUGAAUUUAUCAUGUAAUCCUCUCCUCCUUUCUCCUUGAGGAAAUUUGUGAUCUCACCACCUGUAUUUUUGAAUGGGGUGCACAAAAAAUUACCCAAGGAUGUUUUUCUUUUUUCUUUUCAAAUCUGUUUUUCCUUUUGUUGGUCACCAAGUAAUAAUGAUAAGAAGGUUUUAUGACUUGGAAGAA